CCGGUAUCUACCAAACUCACCACCAUAAAUGCAACACCAAAGAACAUGCUGACCGUACCUCCCUAGCUAAUCGAUAUGACGUCCGUGACGAAUAUUGAACCAUUUGCUACCGGUCGUGUUGUUCUCAAAACGACACGAGGUGACAUCCAGCUGGAGCUCUGGUGUACAGAAACUCCAAAAGCCUGUCGAAACUUUAUUCAAUUGUGUAUGGAAGGUUAUUAUGAUGGAACAAUAAUUCAUCGAAUCGUUCCGAAUUAUAUCAUUCAGGGAGGCGAUCCCACCGGAACUGGUCAAGGUGGUGAGUCUAUUUAUGACAAGCCAUUUCCUGUAGAAACACAUCCUCGUCUUCGUUUCACCAGACGUGGACUUGUUGCAAUGGCAAAUGCUGAUGGUGAGGGGAACGGUUCACAGUUCUUUAUUACCCUUAAUGCAACUCCAGAGCUCGCGGGAAAGCAUACAUUGUUUGCUCGAGUCGUUGGUGACACUAUUUACAACGUUGUUCGUAUUUCAGAACUGGAAUUAGACGCUACUGAACGACCCGUUUAUCCUCCAAAAAUUGUUGAAACACAAGUCAUCGAAAACCCAUUCACAGAUAUUCAGCCAAGAACAAAUCGUGACGAACGUCAACGCGUUUUACAGGAACAAAGAGAACGUCAAAAAAAACAGGAAAGAGCAGCUUUACUCAAAAAAGGAACAAGAAAUAAAACUUUUCUCAGUUUUGGUGAUGAAGUUGAAAUUCCACUGCCAAAAAAGAAGAUUCGUCCUCCCCAAAAUGAACGGACGAAGAAGGAGGAAAAGGAUGAGGGAAAGGAUGAACGGAUACAACAGCCGUCGGUGGCUACCAAGGAAACUCCUGUUGCAAAAAAGGUGCCUAUCACCUCCUCGACAGUCUCUUCCGCAUCUCUUUCCUCUCUUCAAACGCCCGUGUCCACAGAAACGAAAUCCGUUAAGCAAGAGAUUGCGCGACUUAAAGCUGAACUUCGGCAAUUAGAUAAACGACCACUAGACGUUGACUCUUCGGCCUCCAAGAGGAAGCAAUCGGCCAAAAAACGCAACGCACUACAAGAGGAAUUAGAGCAAUUUAAGGCUACGCGACGAGUACUACCUGCAAAAAAGAAGCUGCGACAGCAGCAAGAAGACUCGACAUUUGAUGUCUUCCUAAAAUUCCAACAAAAAAUCCGAUCUGCUAGCGAUAUUGACGAUUCCGCAGCUACAAAAACAAAUUCAAUUGACGAAACGCCGUGUACACUUCAUAAUAUUCCUGCGUGUUAUUCUUGUUAUGACCGACUUGGCGAAACGAAUGAAAACGAUAAAGAGGAUGCCCAUUGGUUUGCGCAUCGUCUUGUUUCCGACAAAAGGAGUCAGUAAACGGUCUCAAGCAAUGACACUACGGACUACGGAAGUUUGUAUGGACAGGCAGGAAGGUCGUGAAGGUAUAAAUUUUUGCUGGUACAAAGGAACGAAGGUUACCACAGGAAGAAAAAGCAACUACAAAUAGAUUUGCCUUCUUUACAAGGGCUUGAUCUUAGUCAAUUCGGCUUCCUCGAUGCUUCUCUUGUCCGUGAGGAUUUGACCCAUACCGCCGAAGGAACCGAACAUACUGGUGCUCUUGAAGGGGCGCUUCAGGUCGUCACGAGCAGGCUUCUUUUGAACGUAGAGUUGGACUUCCUUGUUGUCGUAAAGUCCACGGAAACCCGAAACUGUUUGGAAAAGCAGGGGAGGAGCAAAACCCAUGUAAAGAUGCAUGAAGAGUGUGGUACUGACACCAAUCAUGUACUGCUUAAAGCCUUUAAGCAACUCACGACUGUCGUAUUCGCAAACAGUCGUAGCGACAAAGGUAGCAUAUUCACGGCCAGACAUUGGAGAAGCAGGUUCCACGAACUUCAUCAUUGUAAGGUCUAGCCGGUGUUAACAAACCAUCUACUAAGCGUGUCACGGCCAUUGCAGAAACGACCCCCAUCUCCAACUCCGUCCAACUUAUUCGUUCCAUUCACACAUACCAUUCUCCUUUUCAAUUAAUUUCUUGGUGUACCAGAACAAACCCAAUUGAGUUGCAAGGCAAGAGAAAUAAGCAAUUCUCAGAACUGUCAAAAUAACCGGUUGCUUGAGAUCUACAACCUUGGUCACACUCAUCAAAAUCAAGGUAAUGAGAAUUGACUUUGUCUAUUCAUAUUUUGUUACCAAUAUGAGUUCGAUUGACAAACGUUUUCCAUGACAUACCUGAGGACUCUUUUUCACCUUCUGCAGGAUUCCAGCCAUUUUCUAAUGCUUGCUCAGGUUGGAGUUCGUAAAGGAUACAGCAGUUGAAUCGUGCGGCUUCAAGGUAUCGCUGAUGGAAUAACGACGGGGACCGCACUCUAACGCAGCUACCGGUCAGAGGGAAAUUGUGCAAUUGUAAAUGAUUUCAGAUACCAAAUCGUGGGUGUUACUCGAGUGGGUUACUAUUCUGCGCUCCUUUGGUUAAUUGAUUGUAUUUUUGUCCUGGAUUCACUUGUUGUGAAGGGGGAUAUGGUUUGUGCGAGGUGAACGAGAGUGAAAGAUUGGAAUUAACAGAGACGAAAGUCAAACAAUACUGUGAAUGUAACUGCAUAAGGAUAGUUUAUGAAGUUUUUACGAUGUUCUUAGUCGUUACAUGGAAAAGUCUAAAUACUCAAGUAAGCGGAAAUCAUAGAUACUCAUAAAAAAAUAGAAUACAUAUGUGUCAGAAGAAAUUAAUAGCGAGUCAAG